AAAUACAGGUAAAAUUCUCAGGCGAUCUUAUUUAUAAUUUUAAAUCUAAAAUUUUGCACAGGCAAAACCGCGUGCAAUAGUAGUGACAUUAACGUAAUGUGAUGAAACUUACUUUUUACCUUAGACCCAACAGGGUAUUGAGCUGGCAACGUCCCAUAGGUUCACUUCACGACCUUGACGACGGUCAAUAGGAAGAGCGGCAACGUCGGUUGUAAUAUGUCAAAUCAUAAAUAAGGCUUCUAUCAAAUACUCAUAACAAUGGAGGUACACGAGUGUACUUUGUUUACCGUUGUUUACUUUUCUUGACGUAAGUGAAGACGCUAUUUCAAGAAAUUUGAAGUGCUAAUUCAUUAAAAUAUGUACGCUUUCAUGACUGUGCCUCAACUUAAAGUUGAGGUUCGUAAAAGAAAUGCGUCAAUUGCCGGAAAAAAAGGCUAAUUUGAUAGAAAGAUUGCAAUCUAAUGACCGGAAUAAAAAUUUUGGUGUUGACUGCGAGAUCCAAGAGGAGAUCGCAUAUCUGAGUCCAGCCACUGAUACUUUCAGAGACAUAAUUGCGGACACUUCUUUACCAAUGAUUACGAGACAAGCAAUACAGGAAUAUUUUGAAAGAUAUAAUACUCAGCAUAAAGGACAACUCCUGUACGAAUUUCGACAUCUUGUGACUGCCCGCUAUUCCACAGAUGGCAUUUAUACCCACUUGCGAGGACAAUGUAAAGCCAGUAUGAAAAAAAUGGUAUACUUUGUGGAUAUAAAAUUAAGUAAAGAUGGAGUAAUUGAAGAAUGCCAUUGCGAUUGUGCUGCAGGCAGUGGUACUCAAGCAUGUUGCAAACAUGUCUCUGUAUUGUUGGAUGGUACACAAAAAAAAUAUUAAAUUGCAUCUGUCAAGUACUCAAAAAUUAAUGACAUUCAAUAGACCCAAGAAAGUAUUUUAUAAUUCACCCAUUGCAGUUCAAAAUUUACCCAACAAGAGAUUGACAUCUUUUUACUUAUAACACACUAAAAGAUACUUACUGAUAUUAUGGACAGUUAUGCUGAUUAUGUGAAAAUUUUAGUAAUGGGAUAUGAUGAAAGCUCAAUACCUUUAUUACAGACAUGUGAACCCGCAAAUCCACAUGGCAUUGAAUGGGAUCGUUACACCUAUGUAGAUAGGACUCCAAUAGAUAUUUUACUAGAGAAGCUAUUAUUAAAAAUAUUAUAUCUGAACAAAUUCAGGAAGUGAGAAGAAUACAAGAGCCCAAAGUGAUUCCUCUGAGUGGCAUGAAAGAUCAUGCAGGAUUACUGCCAGUAUGUUUCAUUUAGUGUGCCACAGUAAAGCAUAUAAGUACCAAAAAUAUAUGUAAUCGAUAUGAUUUUGGCCCCUAAAGCUGUGCAGACUAUGUUAGUUGUGCAUAGUAAAAUCCAAGAAACUAUUUCCAUUGCCAAAUAUGAUAGAGAUUAUGGACUAAAAAUAAAAAAAGUGGAUUCAUUAUAUCAUUUGAAUAUCCUUUUCUGGCUGUUUCUCCAGACGGUAUAUUGGGUAAAGAUACUAUUGUUGAGGUUAAGUGUCCAUAUGCUGCUAGAUAUUAUAAAAUAACCUCUGUGACUG